UGUGGGCUGCCGCCGUCUGGGACCUGGAUUUCACCGAGGUGGAUCCCCUGGAUGCCGGCAUAGCGGAGGAGAUCGCGGCGGACGGGCUGGCCGCCUUCACCGGGCUCUACCGGGCGCUGUCGGCGUUCACGGUGGAGGACCGCGAGAGCAGAGAGAAUAUCUGGGCCUUGUUUGCUGAAAACAACAUCUCCCCUACCGUUCUGGUGGCCGUGUUCCACCACUUUGUCCAGGAGGGCCAGCAGAAGAGAGCUAACACACAGCAGAGGGUUUGUGCGCUGCACGCGGCGGGGCUGUACUUCCUGCUGCUGGAAAUCCCAGGCAGCGUAGCUAACCAGCUGUUCCAUCAAGUGAUGUUUGAUAAGUGUCUUCACACCCUGACGAAAAGCUGGCCUCAGAAACCAGAUCUGAUGAGGAAAAGGAAGAAGAUGCAUGCUCAAAGCUCUCAGACCAACGCACGAAGAAAUAGAAAGAAAGGAAAACCAUGCAGGAGUGGCAACACGUUGCAGGAGGAGGAGGAGGAGGAAGAGGAUUGUGAAAAUCUUUACUUUUCAACGGAUGAUCUUCUUCAAGUCCGUGACUCAAUCUUCCUUCUUUUGAAAAACUUCUUAAGACUUCUGCCUAAGUUCUCCCUGAAAGAGAAACCUCAGUGUGUGCAGAACUGCCUGAAGAUCUUUGUUGAAAUGACAGACUUGGAGCCAGCGCUGCACGAGUUGGAGUUUUCAGCAGCAAUGAAUGUUGAGGAAGCCAAGUGCAUUCCCGAGCUGGCCUAUCACGGAAUGCAGUUACUGUGUUCCCCUCUACAUGGUACAGAAGAUAAGAUUCUUCGCUGUGUCUUCCAGCGACUCCUCAAUGUCAUUCUCAUGCUGGAAAGGGACGUGGGCUCCAGAUGCACAGUCCUUGCAAUCACAUCGGCUGCCAUCAGUGCCAGGAACCAGGCUAUAAAAUUCAUCAGUUCUCUAGUAGAUGAGCUGAAAGAAGUUGUUUUUCCUGUUCUUCGAAUAUUACUGCAACAUAUCUGUACCCAGGUCCCAGAUAAGGCUGAGUAUCGCACGUAUGCUGCACAGGCCUUGGUGACUUUGCUGAAUAAACUCCCUUGCACAGAGUUUGCUGACUUCAUCACUUGGCUGUAUAAAUACUCACGGAACACUAAAAUUGCCUACAGAGUGUUUGCUCUUGAUGUAGUGUUGGGGUUGCUGGAUGUGCCCGAGAGGAACUUUGACAGCUCCUUGUCCCUGGAUCAUCAGAAGUACCUAAAGCACAAGUUUUUAGUGCAGGUCAUGGUGUUUGGCCGCUGCUCGGACAAAGCCCCUGUGGUCCGCAGCAAAGCUUUGAGCAGCUUUGCCCACUGUCUUGAAAUGAAAGCUGCUGCUACCUUGGAAAGUAUACAGGAGUUAUUACAAACCUCUGACCAUACAGUCUUGGAAGCAAACACAAACGCUGCGAGUCUGAUAGUCAGUGCAGAAGCUAUGUCCAACCAUCCACUGAAGACCUUACCGACCUUCAAAACUAUUGAGCUGACCAACAGCAGCGAUAGUGCUGUGCUUGAUGGAAAAGAAGUCAUGGCCGUGCUGAGGCUGAGAACUGGGGAUGAGAAAACCAAUGUGAGGAAAGCUGCUCUCCAGGUUUUUAUGAACAUCCUGAAGCACAAGAUGAUCCCGUGCACGGCAGAGGACCUGUCCACCCUGCAGGAGCGCUGCCGGGACCCGGCGGUGUCUGUGCGGAAGCAGGCCCUGCAGGCCAUCACAGAGCUCCUUCUGUCUCAACACGAUAGUGUUCCAGUGCAGAAGGCCUGGUUAAACGGAGUGGUGCCUGUUGUGAUGGACACUGAAACUUCUGUCCAAGAAAAGGCCUUGGAUUGCCUUGAUCAGCUCUUGUUGCAACAUAUAAAGCACUAUAAUAAAUUCAGGAGUGAAGAUGGAAAGGAGGCUCUGGCAUGGGAUUUGCUUACCCACUUGACUUCAGAAAGCCAGGAGCUGAACCGUUACUUGAACAAAGCGUUUCAUACGUGGUCCAGACAGAAUAAGUUCACCUCCACUUUCAUUAAUAACGUCAUGUCUCACGUGGGAACAGAGCAUACUGCACCAGCUUGGAUGUUGCUUGCUAAGGUGGCAGGUUCUUCACCCAGGCUGGAUUACUCCAAGGUCAUUGAAUCCUGGGACAAAGUCAGCAGGCAGCAGAACAUGAACUCUGAUAGUACAGGACAUAUACUGUGUGUCAUUGGUCAUAUUGCAAAGCACCUUCCUAAAAGCACCUCCAAGAGGCUGAUUGAUACCAUCAAGCACUGGCUGAGGGAGUCUCAGUGUCCCUUGGAGGUGCUGAGCCCAGCUGUGGAAGCUCUGCAGAAGCUCUGCCGUGCGUACGCAGAUGUGCCGGAGGAGGCACAGGAGCUGCUCAACCAGGUGUGUGGAGAUUUAGUAUCCACCUGUGAAAGCUAUAUUUCCAAUAUAGUCCUCAAAGAGGAUGGAGCAGAGCAGCUGCAAGAAGAUCUCUUGGUGAGACACCUCUUCAUCCUGGGUGAGGCUGCUCAGCUGUGUCCAGCCAAAGUGGAGAAACGUGUCUUUCUUUUGAUUCAGUCCAUUCUGGCUUCAUCUGUCAAUGAGGACCAAUCAUCUAGUUCUGCAGCUGGUGAGGAAAUGCCAGCUUCUCAGCCCCUGUCCCAGUUCAGAGGAUCAGCUAUGCCUUCAGUGGUCAGAGCUCAUGCAUUCAUUACUCUAGGUAAAUUGUGUUUGCAGCACGAGGACCUGGCCAAGAAAUGCAUCGCGGCUCUGGCCCGAGAGCUGGAGGUGUCGCGGGACGUGGCCGUCCGCAACAACGUCGUCAUCGUCCUGUGCGACCUGUGCGUCCGCUACACCGCCAUGGUGGACAGAUACGUGCCCAACGUCUCGCUCUCCCUGAAGGACCCAGACCCCCUCAUCCGGAGGCAGACGCUGAUCCUGCUCACCAACCUGCUGCAGGAGGACUUUGUGAAGUGGAAAGACUGUCUCUUCUUCCGUUUUGUCAGUGUCUUGGUGGAUCCCAGUCCAGAUAUUGCCAGGUUUGGAAAGUUCUGCUUGGUGCAUCUCUUGCUGAAGAGGAACCCAUUGAUGUUCUCCCAACACUUCAUUGAGUGCAUCUUCCAUUUCAAUAGCUAUGAGAAGCACGAGAAGUACAACAGGUUCCCGCAGAGCGUGCGGGCAAAGAGCCUCUUCUCUCUGAAGGGAAAAGACAACAAAGAAAAAAGGAUGCAUAUCUACAAGUUCCUGCUAGAGCACUUUACAGAUGAGCAGAGGUUCAGCAUUACAACAAAGAUCACCCACAGCGUGCUAGCAUGCUUCGUGGAUAUGGUCCUUCCACUGGACUUGGAAGCCAGUGAGCUGCUCUCAGAUACAUUUGCAGUCCUCAGCUGUAAAGAAAUCAAGCUGUCAACUAUGAGAUCCAAACCCGAUGAAGACAUUCAGGCUGAUGAAGGUGAAAUGGCAAUGGCCAAUGCUGUCAUGCAGGUGGCCCAGAAAAAGCUCAUCUCGCAGGUUCAAAAGAAGAACUUUGUAGAAAAUAUCAUCCCAGUAAUCACAUCACUGAAGUCUUUGAUGGAGCAGAAGAGGUUCCCAGCUCUUAGGGACCUUAUGAACUACCUACGGGAAAUGAUGCAAGAUUACCGAAAUGAAAUCAAAGACUUCUUUGCUGUGGACAAGCAGCUGGCAGCCGAGCUGGAGUAUGAUAUGAAGAAAUAUGAAGAGCAGCUGGCCAUGGAGAAGGAGUCAGACCAGGAGCAGGUCUUGCCAGCGCUGGCAGAGCAACCUGCAUCUUUGGAGAGAACUAUACCUUCUGGUGGCUGGAUUAAUAAUGCUCAGUCUCCUGUAAAUGGGAGACAGUCCUCACCGCCUGCAUCAAGCCCUCCCUCUGUGCCUUCUGAGUUCACUACACCUAGUGCUGAUGUUCUGAAACAGCCAUUACUCAGUCGCAGGUCAGCAUCCCUGAACACGUUUGCCAUCCUGAACUCUGCCAGGAAGGCAAUGGAAGCCAGAAGUGAGCAAUGCAGGAAGAGCAUGGGAAGUUUAGCGGCCGUAUCGCUUCCACCAAGCACCACUGGCAGCAAGCGAGUAUCCUUUCAAAGCCUGAAUCAGCAGUCUACCGGAGCAAAUGUUUCUGUGGUGGGCCGUGCAAUCAGCACACCAGAACAGACCAUUAAUGACUUGACUUUUGGUGCUGGGGUCAGUCACAUCAGCUUGAUGGACACGCCCGGUUCUGCUCCAGAGAAUAAAGAGGCUGAGGACGAGCCAAGACGUAUUAUCUGUUUGACAUCACCAGAGAAACUCCCAUCCCUGCUACGGGAGUGGAAAAUAGAAUCCCCAGCAAGGAAAAAAAGCAGCCAGCAUGUCCCUCUGAGACGGUCCCAGCGGAGAACUCCACUGAAACCAGACAGCUGA